AUGUCUGCUGCCUCAGGUCACGCCAGCAACAAUGCGUCUUUCAAAGACAAGGAAAAGCCCCAGGAAGUCAGAAAAGCGAAUAUUGUCGCGGCGAGAGCCGUCGCAGACGCGAUUCGAACUUCGCUAGGACCAAAGGGAAUGGAUAAAAUGAUCAAAACCGGACGGGGAGAGGUCAUUAUCACCAACGAUGGACACACUAUCUUGAAGCACAUGGCUGUCAUGCAUCCGGCAGCAAAGAUGCUUGUCGAUUUGUCGGCAGCGCAGGAUGUUGAAGCCGGUGACGGUACGACGUCGGUAGUUGUCAUUGCGGGCGGUAUGCUAGGCGCAGCUGAGCGUCUUCUUCUCAAAGGAAUUCAUCCCACCAUCAUUGCAGAGUCUUUCCAGCGUGCUGCCGCCCGCGCCGUUGCAAUCUUGAGAGAAAUGUCGAUCCCUGUCGAACUCACCGAUCGAACAUCGUUGGUACGCGCAGCUUCUACCUCCCUCAGCUCAAAAAUUGUCUCUCAGUUCUCCUCGUUGCUCGCUCCUAUGGCGGUCGACGCUGUCUUGCAGGUCAUCAAUCCUGCAACCGCUCAAAAUGUUGAUCUUGAGAAUGUCAAAUUGGUGAAAGAACUUGGUGGCACUAUCGAAGAUACUGAGCUUGUCGACGGCCUAGUCUUGACCCAGCAUGUCAUCAAGACCGCCGGCGGUCCUGCUCGCAUGGAGAAGGCGAGAAUCGGAUUGAUUCAGUUCCAGGUCUCUCCUCCCAAACCUGACAUGGAGAACCAGGUUGUUGUGAACGACUACAGACAGAUGGACAAGAUCUUGAAGGAAGAGCGCACAUAUCUCCUCAACAUUUGCAAAAAGAUAAAAAAGGCAAAGUGUAACGUGCUUUUGAUCCAAAAGUCUAUUCUCAGAGAUGCAGUCAAUGACUUGUCUUUGCAUUUCUUUGCCAAAUUGGGUAUCAUGGUUAUCAAGGAUAUUGAGCGUGAUGAAAUCGAAUUUAUCUGCAGAAGUACCGGAUGUCAGCCUGUUGCGGAUAUCGAGUCAUUCUCCGAGGAUAAGCUUGGCCAGGCCGAGCUUGUUGAAGAAGUCCAGUCAUCUGGAUCGCGAGUGGUCAAGGUCACUGGUGUGAAGAACGCCUCCCGGACGGUUUCAAUCAUCGUUCGUGGUGCUAACCAGCUGGUCUUGGAUGAGGCCGAUCGCUCAAUCCACGACGCUCUUUGUGUGAUUCGCUGCCUCGCUAAGGAGCGUGCCUUGAUUGCUGGAGGAGGUGCACCAGAGAUCGAGGUUUCGCGGACGUUGGCUCGCGAGGCUCGGGAACUGUUUGGUACAGAGCAGAUUUGCUGGCAAGAAUUCGCCAACGCUCUGGAAGUCAUUCCUACUACCUUGGCUGAGAAUGCCGGAUUGAACAGUAUCCAGGUCGUGACCGACUUGCGAAGCCGUCAUGAGCGCGGCGAGAAGAACGCUGGCGUUAGCGUGCGGAAAGGUGCUACGAAGAACAUUGUUGACGAGAAUGUUCUGCAGCCUCUGCUGGUCAGCAUGAGCGCCAUUCAGUUGGCUGCUGAGACUGUCAAGUCGCUCUUGCGUAUUGAUGACAUUGCAAUUGCCAGAUGA